GGACGAGCCGCAAAAAUGAGUAAGGUGUCCAGGGAUGCGCUGUACGAUGCCGUCAAGGAAGUCCUGCAGGGCUCCCUUACCAAGCAAAGGAAGUUUACAGAGUCGGUGGAGCUGCAGAUCAGCUUGAAAAACUAUGAUCCCCAGAAGGACAAGCGUUUCUCCGGCACUGUCAGGUUCGACCCUUAACUGUUUCACCCAACCUUUUCCCUGUGUGCUUCCUGCCCUGUCUGAGUUUACAAAACGGCCUGUAAAUAUGGCGAUUAGUACUUAAAAUCACUAAAAAUGAAAGACCAGACAGGCCUGGGGCGGACAUGGAGAAGUACUCUGGGUAGUCUGACCGAUCCGACCCAGCGCUGCUGGUGGAGGUGAAGCAGGCGGACCCCUACCCUGGGUCUUAAAACAUGAGGGGAGGCAUUGAGUUACUGAGCUGCUAUGUUCAUGUCCUCAUGCCGACCAAUUAUCUUAAUGUUGCCAAAGAGGUCAGCUGGACACCGGCCACGCUGGUGGUAUGGGCUGAAGACUCUCCCCAGGCCCAAAUUCUCAGUGUGCGUCCUGGGAGACCAGCAGCACUGUGACGAAGCUAAAGUUGCUGAGCUGCCACAUAUGGACAUCGAGGCUCUCAAGAAGCUCAACAAGAACAAGAAGAUGGUCAAGAAGCUCGCCAAGAAGUACGAUGCCUUCCUGGCCUCAGAGUCUCUGAUCAAGCAGAUCCCUCGUAUCCUGGGUCCUGGUCUGAACAAGGCUGGCAAGUUCCCCUCCCUGCUCACCCACAAUGAGAACCUGAACACCAAGGUGGACGAGGUCAAAUCCACCAUCAAAUUCCAGAUGAAGAAGGUGCUGUGUCUGGCUGUAGCUGUAGGACACGUGAAGAUGACUGAGGAUGAGCUUGUGUACAACAUCCACCUGGCCGUUAACUUCCUCGUGUCUCUGCUGAAGAAGAACUGGCAGAACGUGCGUGCCCUCUACGUGAAGAGCACCAUGGGCAAACCCCAACGCCUCUACUAAGACUGCUUUUCUAUCAAUAAAAAUGUGGAGAUGCUCAAAGUUAAAA